AUGUCGAGAGUAAAGUUCAACGUCAACACCGAAUACGCCUAUGUGAACAACUUUAAGAUUUUACAGAAUGCCGUUGCGCGCCACCAGAUCGACCGUCCGGUCCCCGUCCAGGCUUUGAUUAAGUGCCGCAUGCAGGACAACUUGGAGUUUUUGCAGUGGAUAAAAAAGUAUUGGGACCAGUACUAUCCCGGCGGUGAAUACGAUGCCGUUGCACGACGAAAGGGAUCCGGAGCCCCUCCACCAGCUGGAGCAGCACGCUCGGGAACAUCGUCCGCAACGGGAACACGACGGGGCGGAACGACGCCUACGAGCACCGGUGCCGGCAGACCGCGAGUUGGCGGCGGCGGGAACACUCUGGCACUGACCCAGGAGCUGAACGCGCAGAAGGAAGCCAUCGCCGGUCUCGAGAAGGAGCGGGAUUUCUACUUUGCGAAGCUGCGGGAUAUCGAGCUGUUGCUGCAGCAGGCCGUCGAGGCUGACCCUGAGUUGGAGAAGGAAGAAGAUUCGUUGGUUAAGCAUAUCCAGGCUAUCCUGUACUCCACAGAGGAGGGCUUCGAGAUCCCAGACGGCGAGGCAGGAGGUGAGGACUUGGAGACUUUCUAA